UGGGCCGGUAGAAUCCGACAAUCUCGACGGAUAUCUGGUAAGAAGCCGCGGCAGUACCAGCAGUCCUCCUGGGUACCACUCGUCGCCUUCGAUUUCGAUACCGGUACUCGCACUACUCUCGCGUAGUCGUUGUAGUGAGGUUGUGAAGAAGACGUGUGCUUUCGUUUGUAACGUGAAGAAAUUGUGGACAUAACCUAGCCGAGGAUUUUCUUCGUAUGACUAGACUAGAGGAUAUUUUUUUUUAUUAGGGAGAUUCGAGCAUUCCCGCGUCCGUAACGGACAAAUCUCACCUAGUGCUCCGAGCCGGAUACCGAUAGGUUAACCUGGCCCAGAGACCUUCACCAUCAUCCUCAACGGCAGAUGAACCGUUCUACAACGUCCCAUCAGCAGACGCUCGUAGUAUACUGGAUGCAAGUCCUCCUUGCGUCAUAGGAGGCGAGGAGUCGAGGAAUGGACCUGUCGUGGUAGCCUAGAUUGAGACGACUUAAGUAGGACGAAUUAGAGUUAGUGAAAUCAGAGGUCAUGAGAAACAAAAUCCUCAUCCGCUGGCUGGCAUCAGCGGCGCUGAUGGUCAUUACCGCAGCCCAGUGCCCCUGGCAACUGGAGGUUCCAGACCUGCAAUCCUCCUGUCUGUGCAGCUACAAUCUCGGUCACGAAUUGUCGGUCCAAUGCGACAUGGUGGACUGGCAGAAAUUGCUGACAUCCUUACACAAAUACGCCACUGACACACCCUUGGAUCUGUUAUACGUCAAUAACUCAACCAUAACGGCUCUGAAGGAUAACAUAUUCCUGAACUUGAAGAUACAGAACAUACAAUUAUCGGGAUGCAAGAUCAAGACGAUUGAGAACGACGCCUUCAAGGGUCAAGAACGUCACCUGAAGAACCUGAACUUGCAGGAUAACGAUAUAACCGAGGUGCCGGUCGAGAGUUUGAAGUCGCUGAGAACUCUCACGCUUCUCGACUUCUCGCAUAAUAAAAUAAAUGUUGUGCCUGCGUACGCUUUCCAAAAUCUUACGAGGUUGGCUACACUGAAACUGGGUGAUAACAAUGUUACCCUCGAGAAUAACGCUCUAAGCGGCUUGGAGGGAUGUUUGAAGAAUCUCAAUCUGAAAGGUACCAAGCAGAAAGACGUUCCGAAAGCUAUACAAGGACUGAGAACUUUGGCGUUCUUGGACUUGUCUCAAAACAGUUUGGUAGAACUGGGUGGUGAGAAGAACGAGAAUGCCUUCGAUGGUUUGAAGUCCCUUACAGCCAUCAACUUGGAAAGAAAUCUGAUCCAGCAUAUGGGUGAAAACGCCUUCAGAGGCGUUAGGAAGACGUUGAGUUCGCUCAGUCUCCUAAACAACCUCCUACCAGAUUUUCCAAAAGCAGCCUUGAGCAGCCUCAACGAGCUAAGAGUAUUAGACAUCGGUUUCAAUCUUCUAACAGAUCUACCUCACGAUGCCUUCAAAGGUAACCCAUCGAUUACUCUCUUGGCUUUAGAUGGAAACCCUCUAGUUACAAUACCUUACCAGUCUUUAUCGCACCUGAACAAAACUCUAAGAGGACUUAGUCUCGGAGGUCGUUUUCUCCACUGUGACUGCAAACUGGCAUGGGUUAUCAAAUGGAUACACGAAGGAGACCUUCAGGUAACCAGCAGGGAAAGAAACCCUCAAUUCUGUGGAAGCCCUCCUAGGUUUAGAGACAGAGGUUUCUACAGCAUCCAACAAGAAGAACUCUGCACAAACAACGAAGACAAAAAGGAAAACUUGGGUAUUGCAACAGUGGUCAGUGCAGAUUUAGACGACGUCAACCUAUCUGGCGAAGUACAAGCUCCAAAAGUAACCACUUCAACGACUACAACGACCACAACCAAAAAGGCUACUCCGAAGAUCAUCACCUCUACUACUGUUACUACCACUACACAAACUACCUCCAAGGCUACAAGUACUGCAUCGACUACAACCACGACAACAACGAAAGGUACAACCUCAAAACACUCGACGCAAAAACCCAAAAUGAAAACUACUGUGGCACCAUGGACGCAGAGGCCUUCCUUGAUCAAGAGCUACGCUUCUCGGAAUAAGGCAGACGAAACCAGAGAAGUAUUAGUAAAAACAGCCUUCAGGCAGGACAAUUCUGUUAUUAUUCAAUGGGGAUCGGACACAGCGAACAUUCUAGGUUUCAGGGUGGUGUACAGGCUGUUUGGGGACAAGAGUUUCAAGCAAGGUCCGCCACUAGAGGCUAGCGAGAGGGAAUUCAAAAUCAAGAAUGUGCCUUCACAGGAAUGCAUAAUAGUCUGCGUGGUAUCUCUGGAAGAUAUCAACGUGACGCCAGAAACAGUACCGUACUCGCAAUGCCGAGAGGUCAGGACCGUAUCCUCGGCUUCUUCCAACAUGGACAAGAUAACUAUAGCCGCAAGUGCCGCCAUCUGUGGUACGAUCGUGGUGGCAGUUAUCAUAUUCGUGGCGGCCUCUAGGAGACGUUCGAGAAAGCUGCACGAGUUGCAUCAGCACAAGAUGGGAUUGAAGAACGGAAUGCCGAUGGCUGGGCUUCCUGUGAACUGCUGCACAGGGUUGGGCCAGGGCACCAGCCCUGGUGGACCGCUGUCGUCGUUGGCUACGUUGAACGCUUACAAUAACAGCAAGGAUUGGGAUCAAGUAUCCGGCUACAGCACGCACAGCGCCCACCGUCCACGCAUGUUCUCGGUGGACCAGACCCCGUCUCUGAUCCCAGACGACAUGAGGUCCCACUUCAGCAACAAAGGUAAUAAACCGAGGUCCAUAGCCGAUGGACAGUCCCAGCACAGCUUCUCGAAUCACUCGGGAAGAUACCUGACCGCAAACGCAUUUCCCAAUAAUUUGUUGUCCUCGAGGCAAGAUCUGCGCCAGUCCCGUCAAUCUCUAGCCAUGCAAUCUGAUCGAUUAUCUACCAGGUUGGGCCCAGCUCACUCGGUAGCUUCAUCAACGAGAAGGUCAAGACCGAGGUCCAGGUCCAGAGACCACAACAGGCCGAGUAGCAGAUACAGCAUCGCUGGAUCUACCCACACGUUGAACAACUAUUGUGACAAUUCGGACAACUGGACAGAUCACGAUAUGGAAAUAUACAUGGCCAGAAACCCAACGACAAGAAAUGGACUUGUACCACUUUGAGAGAAGAAUGUUUAUUUCUCGAAGAAAUACAGUAUGGAAUUGAAGAUGUUGAUUGUGUGAUGUGAUAACAAAAACAUUAUAUCAUGAACAUUUUUCGAAAUUUAUCCAUCAUGUUAUCAUGAUAUUAAGGUAGUGUGCAUUAAUGAUGCAAACUUAUUCUUUACGUCUUCAAUUUUCAAAUUGGAAUGUGGUAUACUUCCCAUUUACUCAAAUGAAGAUACCAUUUUUGGUAUUGAAAAUUUGACUGAUAUACUUUAGAUUAACUUAGUUAGCAAUAGGAGAAUAUUAUCCACAGUUACAGUGGAUUGAAAUAAUUUAAAUUAUUGCUAUGUUUUUUUACAUUUUUCAAAAAAAAUUAUAUUUAAUGUGAAAAUUCUCAUAUUGUGAGAUUAACACCCAGUUGCAGUUACUUUCAUUAAAAUUUAAUGCCGUCAUUAAAGUUUUAAUCCUCCAGUAGGGGGAGCCUAUUAUUUUGCACCUUUUAAUGGACGAUUAAAAAUGUAAUGCGGUAUUAUAUGUCAAUAAACGUUCCUGCAACUGGGCAUAAGUGUUAUUAUUGUACAUAGUAGUUUCUAGAUCAAAGAAUAGAUAGUAAUCAGUUUUAUUGAAUUCAAUUUGAUUUUCCAUAUAGUUUGGAAUUAUUCUCUGCAUGUAUAUAAAAAUAAAAUAUCAAUUGCAAUAACAAGAAUAUAAUAUAAUUGUGUUUUUUGUUCAUUGCUUCAAGAAUGGCAUUGUUGGAUACAUGAACUGUAUAAUAUUACCGAUGUUGAGAAUUAUAAAAUAAACAUAUAUUAUAUUUUAUGUGACCAAACGAAACCAAUUAAUUUCUCAUAGUAAAUAUUUUGUUAUUUCCACUUCUGAAUGAACUGCUAAGAUGUAAAUAAGAAUUAUAAAUACUAAA